ACUUAUAUCACCUGGCCAGGUGUGACUAACAGCGGACAAGUCAACCGUAGGUGAUGGCCGACUUUGUGGCUAAAAGUUAAAACCGGAGCCUAAACGAGGGAAGAGUCGGGUCGCCGCAGUCAUGGGGCGUCAAGAACCUGUUUCGGGCGGAGAGGCUGACCUGAGAAGACUGUGUGCCAAGGACCUGAGUCAUCACAAGAUUCCACUCUUUCGCUUCUGGUUUUGUGGGCUGCUUAUGCUCUGUCUACUUGUGUUCGUUGCCUCUUUGGCCUUUUCGGACAGCGUUCUGUCAUGGUCUGAAAAACUUUUUUUUCACAGACGUUUCUACUGGUUUUUCAAUCAGAGCCAUCACAAUAAUGCACCUGCUUACAGAGUCCACCCAAAACACAAGGUUAUACUGAGUACAAUUAUUAACAACACAGAAUCUCCAGCUGUGCCUGGAGGUCUUCAGUACCAUCAAGCCUAUCCACGCAACUACCAGUUUGUUAUGGAUAACAGUGACGUUUGCAAAAAGAACCCACCUUUCCUGGUUCUGAUGGUUCCGGUGGCGCCAAAAAACAUUGCAGCUCGGGAUGCGAUCCGCCAGACGUGGGGCAAAUACGGAGUGAUUCAGGGUGAGGUGGUACGCACUCUUUUCAUGUUGGGUCUAGAUGGAGGAGUUGAUGUGGAGAAGCUCAAACAGGAAGAUCAGCAGCACCACGACCUGAUCCAGAGCAACUUUAUGGACACGUAUCUCAACCUGACUAUAAAAACCAUGGUGAUCAUGGACUGGCUGGCCACACGCUGCCCUACAGCAGCCUAUGCCAUGAAGGUGGACUCUGACAUGUUCCUGAAUAUUGAUAACCUGGUGCUGAUGCUGCAGAAGCCAGGGACACCUAAGCUGAACUACCUGACAGGAAUGCUUAUGUGGGACAGGCCAGUUAUCCGAUCCAAGAACUCCAAGUGGUACGUCUCUGAGGACCUGUACCCUGAUCCCAAGUAUCCCACAUACACUCUGGGCAUGGGAUACAUUUUUUCCAAUGAUCUUCCUAUAAAAUUUGUGGAGGUCUCAAAAUCUAUCAAACCCUUUAAUAUAGAGGAUGCUUAUAUUGGAAUGUGUAUGAAAAAGCUCGGACUUUCCCCAACAUCCCCACCAGAUCCUUCCCAAUUCAAGGCAUAUAAUUCAAAGUAUGACCGCUGUGAAUUUUCUAAGAUCAUUACAUACAUUCUUGGCUCUUCAGAACAAUUGAAAAACUAUUGGGCAGACCAUAAGAAACCUGGACCUCAUUGUUAGAACUGUUCACACUGCAUAUGAAAUAUGAAAUCACCCAGGGUUUAACUUAUUUCUAGAUGCUCCUUUAAUUUAAAAAUGCUACAUUUUCUGGAUGAAUUGCAUUAUUUUUAUACCUUAACUAUUUUUAUGUAAAACCUUUUCUUCACUUAUGAAGCAUAGAUGAAAUUAAAUUACAGUUAAUUGUACAGAAUGCAAACUGCUACCUGAUUACUAUUGUGAUUUUGGUGUGUGCUUACAUGUGCUUUUCUGCUUAUGUGUGUAAUAUUUACGAAGGAAAUCUGUUCAUGAACACUUUGUCUUGCUUAUUAUUUAAACUGAGGGGGGUGACCUGUGAUUUAACUAUUAAUGGAUGAAAAAAGAGCUGGGACAUAAACUCAACAUAAUGAAGUAAAAUGCAGCUAUAGGGAAAAAGGUUACUCUGUGAUAUAUC